GCUGUCAGAUGAAUGUGUGGAGGCCGACCUGUGGCCAGACAGUCACACACGCACUGUUGGAGGACAAAGUUUACAUACCAAGCCUGUAUAUUCAGCUCUUAUCUCCCUCAGAGGACACAGGGACACCAAGCUGCAGCUGCACGGAGAGCAGGGGGACGCGGACCAGGCUACUGCAGCAUGUAGCCAGGACUGAGGACAGCUGCUCGUCUAUAUGUCUGCUGUCUCUCAGCCGUGGCCCUCUGUCUGAUCCGAGCCCCGGUGACCUGCUGGAGCCAUGGGUGGGAGUCUGGGCUGCCACCGCUCCAUACCCAAGGACCCCACAGACUUCAGCUGCGGCAAGCGCAAAUUCAGCGCUGCAUGUAACUUUGGCCACAUCUUGGUGAACCAGGAGCGGCUGAACAUCAACACCGCCACCGAGGAGGAACUCAUGACUCUACCGGGAGUCAACCGCACUGUUGCGCAGAAUAUUGUGGAGUACCGGGACUGUAUCGGGGGCUUUAAAAAGGUGGAGGACCUGGCUCUGGUGAGCGGGAUCGGGGCCACCAAACUGGAGGUGAUCAAACUGGAAAUAUGCGUCUCCAGCAGGACCAGCUCGUCCCAGCACUCCCCGUCCUCCCUGCGUAAAGAUCUGGAUCACCAGUCCGGCACAGGAAUGAACAUUAACACCGCCACGCCGGCGCAGCUCAUGAGCAUCAGAGGGAUCACGGAGAAAAUAGCCAAGAAUAUCGUGGCCUAUCGCGCGGAGCACGGCCCAUUCAAGAGCAUCGAAGACCUGGUGAGGGUCCACCACAUCAACAGCUCCCUGCUGGACAAAAUCCGCUUCCAGGUGUUCGUGGAGCGCUCCCGGGCGCCCUCCACCAACACCAACGGAGGGCUGACUUGCACCACCAAAUCUCACCCCAGCCCGACUUCAUUCAGUCUUAGGAGCGACGACCUGGACCUCCCGCCCGGUGGACCGACCCAGAUCAUCUCUGUGCGGCCGGACGUAGAGCCCCCCUCCGGUCUGCGGGACGGGAAGCCCGUGGUGCGUCUGGCCACCUGGAGCCUGCAGGGCUGCUCCUGCGAUAAGGCCAAUAACCCGGGGGUCAAAGAGGUGGUGUGCAUGACCCUUCUGGAGAAUGACAUCAAGUUACUGGCAGUGCAGGACCUGCUGGAGCGGGAGGCUCUUGACAAGUUCUGUGUGGAAUUAAACCAAGGAACGCUGGCCAGCGUACGGAAGUGGAAGUGGCCACGAGGGCUUUGGAAAAGUGUUGUGUCUGAAAAGCCCACUGGACACUCUAGUAAGGGCGUGAGCUACUCUGGCUUUCUCUGGGACUCUUCGUCUGGUAUUGACCUGAAGGAUGCUGCAGUCUUGGAGUCUCCUGUUGUCAAUGGCAAUGGAAAUCCUACCUACCCUUCACCCUACCUCGCUCACUUUUCUAUUGGUGCAUACGAGCUGACAGUGGUGAAUGUCCACCUGCAGACCACAGCAGCAUCAGGAGAGUCCAACGGCAAGAACCAGAGCACAGAUGAAGCCAAGGGUCCACAUCUCUCUCCUAGCAUCCAGGAAACACUCAAAGGUGAGAAGGAGUUGGUGGUUGUGGGAGAUUUUGGCUGCUCUCCGCAGAGCUCAGAGCUGGACAUCCUGAGAAAGGAGAAGCUCUGUGCCCUGGUACAAUCCUCCCAGUUCACCAACAUCAGCACACGCUCACCACAGGGCACCCGCUGUCUGGACAACAUCUGGCUGAGCCGCUCCCUCAAGAAGAUCUAUUCUGGCCAUUGCAUAGUAGUACGGGAAGGUUUGACCAACCCCUGGAUCCCAGACAACUGGUCAUGGGGUGGAGUGGCAUCAGAUCACUGCCCCGUGGUGGCUGAGUUUUACGCAGAUGUAUCCUCUAAGGAGCUGAGCAGGCCUGGUACGGCAGUGGUGGACAGAGGAGACAUUUUGCCCAAACAUGAGCGGUGACACCAUAAAGACAGCAGUGGAAGACUUUGUCCUGUCUGGAUCCUGCUUUUUCCUUGGUUAGCUCUGGAGCAAAGAGUUUCCUGAUGAAUGUGAAGAAGUGCCAAGAUUGCCUUUGGGUUGCAAUUUAUCAGUGUAUAAUAGUGACUGGUCAUAGAGCCAUAAAAUCUUUAGACAAAAUAAAUAUAAUGUAAAAUGUGAAAUGUGCCAAACAUUUUCUAUAUGUAUAUAAAAUAAAGCUUCCAGCUGUAUCUGACCUCUCAUUAAUGCAAAUGUGAAUGGUGGG